AUGUCUGCGACAUAUCGUGCAACAAGUCCAGCGUUUGGAAAUGGAUUGCCACCACCACCAGCAGUGGUAGCGACAACAGCAGCAGCAGCAAGCUUUUUUCAAAAUCAGCCACAACAACAGCAAUCAGGUGGAUAUCAUGCAAGUCCUCAUCAGAUGCUUCCUGAAAAUAUUUUAGAAGAGAAAGCGCGUAAAUGGAAACAAUUACAAUCAAAGCGUUAUGCGGAAAAGCGUAAAUUUGGCUUCGUUGAUUCACAAAAAGAAGACAUGCCACCAGAACAUGUUCGUAAAAUAAUAAGAGAUCACGGUGAUAUGACUUCACGCAAGUAUCGCCAUGAUAAACGAGUUUACCUUGGUGCACUCAAAUAUAUGCCUCAUGCUGUUUUGAAAUUGUUAGAAAAUAUGCCUAUGCCAUGGGAACAAAUUCGCGAUUGCAAGGUACUUUAUCAUAUUACGGGUGCAAUUACCUUCGUCAACGAAAUUCCACGUGUAAUUGAACCUGUAUAUAUGGCGCAGUGGGGUACUAUGUGGAUUAUGAUGCGGCGUGAAAAACGUGACCGGCGCCAUUUUAAGCGUAUGCGUUUUCCACCAUUCGAUGAUGAAGAGCCUCCACUAGAUUAUGCUGAUAAUAUAUUGGACGUAGAGCCAUUGGAGCCCAUACAAAUGGAACUCGAUCCAGAAGAGGAUCGAACUGUGAUCGAAUGGUUUUAUGACCACAAGCCCUUAGCAUCCACACGAUUUGUUAAUGGAACGACUUAUCGGCGUUGGGCAUUUAGUAUUCCGAUGAUGGCUACUUUGUAUCGCUUAGCGAACCAAUUGCUGACUGAUUUGGUGGACGAUAACUAUUUUUAUUUGUUUGAUUUAAAAUCAUUUUUCACAGCAAAAGCGUUAAAUGUUGCCAUUCCUGGCGGCCCAAAAUUUGAACCACUCAUCAAAGAUGUCAAUGCUUUUGAUGAAGAUUGGAACGAGUUUAAUGAUAUUAACAAAGUUAUUAUACGAGCGCCUAUUCGGACCGAAUACAGGAUUGCAUUUCCGUUUAUGUACAACAAUCUUAUUAAUGCUUUACCCGUUCAAGUGUCAUGGUACCAUACACCCUCAGUUGUAUUUAUCAAAACUGAAGAUCCUGAUCUGCCAGCAUUUUAUUUCGACCCACUUAUUAAUCCAAUGACUUUGCGGAAUGCUGAAAAAAAUAUUGAUCCAUUACCAGAAGAUGAUGACUUUUUAUUGCCCGAGGAAGUGGUGCCGAAUUUCAGCGAAGUGCCAUUGUAUACGGAAAAUACCGGCAAUGGAAUUGCUUUAAUGUGGGCUCCACGACCAUUCAAUAUGCGUUCUGGUCGAACUAGAAGGGCUAUAGAUGUACCUCUGGUCAAGACUUGGUAUCGAGAACAUUGUCCUUCUGGAAUGCCUGUUAAAGUUCGCGUUUCGUACCAAAAAUUGCUAAAAGUAUUUGUUCUUAAUGCGUUACGGCAUAGACCUCCUAAACCGCAAAAGCGAAGGUACUUGUUCCGUUCUUUUAAAUCGACCAAAUUUUUCCAGUCAACAACAUUAGAUUGGGUAGAAGCUGGUUUGCAAGUUUUACGCCAAGGAUAUAACAUGCUAAAUCUUCUGAUUCAUCGAAAAAAUUUGAACUAUCUUCAUCUUGAUUAUAAUUUUAACUUGAAGCCGGUUAAGACUUUAACCACAAAAGAACGUAAAAAGUCGAGAUUCGGAAAUGCAUUCCAUCUUUGUCGUGAGAUUCUUCGCUUAACAAAGUUAGUCGUUGAUGCCCAUGUUCAAUACAGAUUGAAUAAUGUCGACGCUUAUCAAUUGGCUGAUGGCUUGCAAUAUAUUUUUUCUCAUGUUGGUCAGCUCACUGGAAUGUAUCGUUACAAAUAUAAACUUAUGCGACAAGUGCGAAUGUGUAAAGAUUUGAAACAUUUGAUUUAUUACCGCUUUAAUACUGGACCAGUUGGUAAGGGACCAGGUUGUGGUGUUUGGGCUCCAGGAUGGAGAGUAUGGCUAUUUUUCAUGCGAGGGAUUACUCCUUUGUUAGAGCGAUGGCUUGGUAAUCUGUUAUCAAGGCAAUUCGAAGGCCGACAUUCGAAAGGGGUUGCAAAGACGGUAACUAAACAAAGAGUUGAAUCUCAUUUUGAUCUUGAAUUGAGAGCAGCCGUUAUGCAUGAUAUUUUGGAUAUGAUGCCAGAAGGUAUAAAACAAAACAAAGCUCGCGUUAUUCUUCAACAUCUCAGCGAAGCAUGGCGUUGCUGGAAAGCGAAUAUUCCUUGGAAAGUCCCUGGAUUACCUACUCCGGUUGAAAAUAUGAUACUGCGAUAUGUGAAAGCUAAGGCAGAUUGGUGGACGAAUUCAGCUCAUUAUAAUCGUGAACGAGUUCGGCGCGGUGCUACCGUUGACAAAACUGUUUGCAAAAAAAACCUUGGCAGGCUUACUCGACUUUAUCUCAAGGCUGAACAAGAACGGCAACAUAAUUAUCUUAAAGACGGUCCCUAUAUUAGUGCUGAAGAAGCUGUCGCGAUUUACACUGCAACUGUGCAUUGGCUUGAAUCGCGUCGAUUUUCACCAAUUCCAUUUCCACCUCUUUCUUAUAAACAUGAUACUAAGCUUCUCAUUUUGGCUCUAGAAAGACUUAAAGAGGCGUAUUCAGUUAAAAAUCGCCUUAAUCAAAGUCAAAGAGAAGAAUUGGCAUUGAUCGAACAAGCUUAUGAUAAUCCACAUGAAGCGCUUUCUCGUAUAAAGCGUCAUAUGUUGACCCAGCGUGCUUUCAAGGAAGUUGGAAUUGAAUUCAUGGAUCUUUAUUCUCAUUUGGUUCCCGUUUAUGACAUUGAACCAUUGGAGAAAGUUACUGAUGCUUAUCUUGAUCAGUAUUUAUGGUACGAAGCAGAUAAACGUCGUCUGUUUCCUUCAUGGAUAAAACCUGGUGAUACUGAGCCACCUCCUUUACUCACAUAUAAAUGGUGUCAAGGAAUUAAUAAUCUCCAGGACGUUUGGGAUACAAAUGAAGGCGAAUGUAAUGUUAUGCUUGAGUCGCGCCUUGAGAAGGUUUAUGAAAAAAUGGAUCUAACAUUACUUAACAGACUUUUAAGAUUGAUUGUCGACCACAAUAUCGCAGAUUAUAUGACAGCGAAGAAUAAUGUUCUGAUUAAUUAUAAGGAUAUGAAUCAUACAAAUUCCUUUGGCAUAAUUCGUGGUCUUCAGUUUGCAUCUUUCAUAGUACAGUACUAUGGUCUUGUACUCGAUCUACUUAUUUUAGGCUUGAGACGCGCAAGUGAAAUCGCUGGACCGCCUCAGUGCCCUAAUGAGUUUUUAACGUAUCAAGAUAUUGCCACGGAAAUUUCUCAUCCAGUUCGGUUAUACUGUAGAUAUAUUGAUAAAAUAUGGAUAUUCUUCAGAUUUUCUGCUGAUGAAGCUCGUGACUUAAUUCAGCGAUAUCUCACUGAACAUCCUGAUCCGAAUAAUGAAAACAUUGUUGGAUAUAAUAACAAAAAGUGUUGGCCACGGGAUGCACGUAUGCGAUUGAUGAAACAUGACGUGAACCUGGGUCGUGCUGUAUUUUGGGAUAUUAAGAAUCGAUUGCCCCGUUGUGUAACAACUGUCGAGUGGGAAAAUUCUUUUGUUUCGGUCUACAGUAAAGAUAAUCCGAAUCUUUUAUUCGAUAUGUGCGGUUUUGAAUGUCGUAUUUUGCCGAAAUGUCGUAUGGCAACUGAAGAACUGACACAUCGUGAUGGAGUUUGGAAUCUCCAGAAUGAAGUAACGAAAGAACGAACUGCUCAUUGUUUCCUGAAAGUUGAUGAAGAAUCCUUAUUAAAGUUCCAUAAUCGUAUUCGUCAAAUUCUCAUGUCUUCCGGAUCAACUACUUUUACAAAGAUUGUUAAUAAAUGGAAUACUGCAUUAAUUGGUUUGAUGACCUAUUUUCGAGAGGCCGUUGUAAAUACUCAGGAAUUAUUAGAUUUACUUGUCAAGUGUGAAAACAAAAUACAAACUCGAAUUAAAAUUGGACUCAAUUCGAAAAUGCCUGCUCGUUUCCCUCCCGUCGUUUUUUACACGCCGAAAGAAAUUGGUGGCCUUGGAAUGCUUUCUAUGGGACAUGUCCUGAUUCCGCAGUCGGAUCUUCGGUGGAUGAAACAAACAGAAUCUGGUGGUGUCACACAUUUUCGAAGCGGCAUGACUCACGAUGAAGAUCAAUUAAUUCCAAAUUUGUAUAGGUAUAUCCAGCCAUGGGAAGCUGAAUUUAUUGAUUCACAACGUGUUUGGGCCGAAUAUGCCUUAAAGCGUCAAGAGGCUAACGCACAAAAUCGACGAUUAACACUCGAAGAUUUAGAUGAUAGUUGGGAUCGAGGUAUACCUCGAAUUAAUACAUUGUUCCAAAAAGAUCGCCAUACUUUAGCUUAUGACAAAGGCUGGAGAGUCCGAACUGAAUUCAAAACUUAUCAGAUUCUUAAGCAAAAUCCAUUUUGGUGGACUCAUCAGCGUCAUGAUGGAAAACUUUGGAAUCUUAAUAAUUACCGUACAGAUAUGAUUCAGGCACUUGGAGGUGUUGAGGGCAUCCUGGAGCAUACUUUAUUCAGAGGCACAUAUUUUCCAACAUGGGAAGGACUUUUUUGGGAACGAGCUUCUGGAUUCGAAGAGUCAAUGAAGUUUAAGAAAUUAACAAAUGCUCAGCGUUCUGGUCUUAACCAAAUUCCAAAUCGUCGUUUCACCCUUUGGUGGUCCCCAACAAUCAACAGAGCAAAUGUGUAUGUUGGUUUUCAAGUACAGCUUGACCUAACAGGCAUAUUUAUGCAUGGAAAAAUUCCAACAUUAAAAAUUUCUCUAAUUCAAAUUUUCCGCGCUCAUCUUUGGCAGAAAAUACAUGAAUCAGUUGUAAUGGACCUGUGUCAAGUGUUUGACCAAGAGCUGGAUGCUUUGGAGAUUCAGACUGUGCAGAAAGAAACUAUUCAUCCUCGAAAAUCGUACAAAAUGAACAGUUCUUGCGCUGAUAUUUUGUUAUUUGCUCAAUAUAAGUGGCACGUUUCAAGACCUUCUCUUCUGGCUGAUUCAAAAGAUGUGAUGGAUAAUACAACGACUCAGAAAUAUUGGUUAGACAUACAGUUGAGAUGGGGCGAUUAUGAUUCCCAUGAUGUGGAGCGUUAUGCACGGGCCAAGUUCUUAGAUUAUACGACAGAUAAUAUGUCUAUAUAUCCAUCUCCAACCGGCGUGCUCAUUGCAAUUGAUUUGGCUUAUAAUUUAUACAGUGCCUAUGGUAAUUGGUUCCCUGGAAUGAAGCCAUUAAUACGACAAGCUAUGGCUAAGAUUAUUAAAGCUAAUCCGGCAUUCUAUGUACUUCGAGAGCGUAUUCGAAAGGGUUUGCAGUUAUAUUCAUCCGAACCUACUGAACCCUAUUUAACAUCUCAGAACUAUGGAGAAUUGUUCAGUAAUCAAAUUAUUUGGUUCGUUGACGAUACGAAUGUAUAUCGAGUUACUAUACACAAAACUUUCGAAGGUAAUCUCACUACCAAACCAAUCAAUGGUGCGAUCUUCAUUUUCAAUCCUAGAACCGGACAGCUGUUUUUGAAAAUUAUUCAUACUAGUGUGUGGGCUGGACAAAAACGUCUCAGUCAACUGGCAAAGUGGAAAACUGCUGAGGAAGUAGCUGCAUUAAUACGAUCAUUACCCGUUGAAGAGCAACCAAGGCAGAUCAUUGUUACACGUAAGGCUAUGCUCGAUCCUCUUGAAGUACAUUUACUAGAUUUUCCGAAUAUUGUUAUAAAAGGAUCUGAACUAAUGUUGCCAUUCCAAGCAAUCAUGAAAGUUGAAAAAUUCGGCGAUUUAAUUUUGAAAGCAACAGAACCUCAAAUGGUAUUAUUCAAUCUGUACGACGAUUGGCUGAAGACAAUAUCCAGUUAUACAGCUUUUUCAAGAGUUAUUUUGAUUAUGCGUGGUAUGCAUAUCAACCCAGAUAAAACGAAGGUUAUAUUAAAGCCCGAUAAAACUACUAUCACUGAACCACACCACAUCUGGCCUUCACUGGCCGAUGAAGACUGGAUUAAGGUCGAAUUAGCCUUAAAGGAUAUGAUUUUGGCUGAUUAUGGUAAGAAAAAUAACGUUAAUGUGGCAUCUUUGACGCAAAGUGAAGUGCGUGAUAUUAUUCUUGGCAUGGAAAUAAGCGCUCCAUCUGCUCAGCGACAACAAAUUGCCGACAUUGAAAAGCAAACAAAGGAACAAAGCCAGGUUACUGCAACGACAACGCGAACAAUAAAUAAACAUGGCGAUGAAAUAAUUUCGGCAACCACUAGUAACUACGAAAGUCAAACGUUUUCAUCUCGCACAGAAUGGCGUGUGCGUGCGAUAAGUGCAACAAAUUUGCAUCUUCGAACGCAACAUAUAUAUGUGAACUCCGAUGAUGUUAAAGAUACUGGAUUUACCUAUAUUUUACCUAAAAAUGUAUUGAAAAAGUUUAUAAUCAUAUCUGACCUUCGUACUCAGAUUGCUGGAUAUUUGUAUGGUGUAUCUCCACCAGAUAAUCCACAGGUGAAAGAAAUUCGUUGUAUAGCUUUGCCGCCGCAAUGGGGUACUCAUCAGAUGGUACAUUUACCAAAUCAGUUGCCAACUCAUGAAUUCAUCAAAGAUCUUGAACCGCUUGGAUGGAUGCAUACUCAGCCCAAUGAAUUGCCACAGUUAUCUCCACAAGAUGUCACUGCUCAUGCCAAAACACUAAUGGAAAAUGAAAGCUGGGAUGGUGAGAAAACUAUUAUUAUUACUUGCAGUUUCACUCCUGGUUCAGUGUCCUUAACAGCCUAUAAAUUAACACCUAGUGGAUUUGAAUGGGCGCGUACAAAUACUGAUAAGCAGAGUAACAAUCCAAAGGGCUAUCUUCCAUCUCAUUAUGAAAAGGUGCAAAUGCUUCUUUCUGAUCGAUUCCUUGGAUAUUUCAUGGUGCCUUCGUCAGGAAUUUGGAAUUACAAUUUCAUGGGUGUACGACAUGAGGCAAAUAUGAGAUAUGAUCUUAUGUUAUCCAAUCCGAAGGAAUUUUAUCAUGAAGAUCAUCGGCCGCUUCAUUUUCAGAAUUUCAAGGGAUUUGACGAUCCUUUGGGAAUCGCUACUGCUGAUCGAGAAGAUUCUUUUGCUUGA